ACCUAUAUUUUUUUCGGUUCACGACACUUACCCGACUAGCUGUACGGAACUCUGAGAUCCCCCUCUCCUAUUCCCGGUUUAACCGGUCACACUUGUACCGGCAAGAGAAACAAUAGCAGGAUAUCGCCGGAUUACUCCCCAUUUUGCCGGGAAUUUCCUAUAUUUUUCGGAUUACCAGGGACUAUCGCCAAUUUUGAGUGGAUCUUUAUUGUGUCUAUUAAAUUUUUGCCCCAAUUUUAGCCACGAUUUUCCAAUUUUGGCCGGAAAUUUAGCCCUAUCUGGAUAUUAGCGGAGAACGUUUGUCGGAAAAUGUACGGAUGCGACACUUUCACCGCACUGGAAUCGAUACGGCGCCACCUGCUCGAGGAUCCUGAGCAAAUCCUCGAUUUCCCGGCGAACUCCACCCUUUUACCGGUGACUCAGCCCGCUUAUCCGGCGAGCUUUUACCGGAGCUCGAGCUUUAGCCGCUUGCUGAUCCCUUGCUUAACCCAAGCCUGGGGUGAAGCUCCGCUAAAAGAAGACGACUCUCAGGACAUGCUCCUCCUCUCACUUCUCGGAGACGCCAUCAAAAGCGGUUGGUCGCCGGAAACUGAAACUUCUGGGGAAAACCCCCCCGAAAACUCAAAUCCCGGCCAAAACAAGGCUGAUAACCUCCAGAUCCACCGUUCUGAGCCGGAAAACCAUCACAAUCAGCCAGAAACCCAACAGAUCGGCCCAAAAACCUUGCAGCAAAACCAGAAGCCAGCAAGGGGAAAACACUAUCGAGGAGUGAGGCAAAGGCCGUGGGGGAAAUACGCAGCAGAGAUCAGAGACCCUGCAAAAAAUGGAGCCAGGGUUUGGCUGGGUACCUUUGAGACAGCUGAAGCCGCCGCUCUCGCGUAUGAUAGAGCAGCGUAUAGAAUGAGAGGGAGCCGAGCUCUGCUAAACUUUCCAUUACAGGUGAGCGGACCCGCUCCUUCUCCAUCAGAGAGCAGGAAAACGUCGCCGACAAAUGAUGCUCAGGCGAAGAGGCCCCUGGAAAAUGGACCAGCGUCGCCGGAAAAUGACUCCGGGAAAUCGCCAAAGCGGAGGAGGGGCCAGAGCCCUACGGCCGAGGUGGGACCCGUCAAGGUAGAGAGCCUUUAGACCCCUGAUUGCCACGUGGCAUGUGGGUCCGGAUAUACGGCCUACUUGCUUAUGUUAAAAUGAAGUGUGGACAAAAUUAAAACUGGCCGACUCAGGUAAUGGCCCCCCGCCCUCCCCAGGGACAACACGUGGCGAUUAUACAGUGGGUGCUUGGGAUGGGGCUUUAAUCCUGCCCGUUCACUUCGCAGCUUGUGGGGUGGGGGCAUGUAUUGAAUUGGGAAAUGUAAACUUUGAACUUCGGAGAGAUUUUGUAAAUUUUUUGUUGAAAUUUUGGAGUUUUAUUUAUUUUUUUAACGCGAAAAACAAAUAUAGAUAUAAUGAUUAAGCCAUGUAAAUA